AUGGCUGACGACGAUCUUGAGCUCAAUCUCGGCAAAAAGAAAAAGACUAAGAAAGUGAUUAAACUCGAUGAUGACGAGCCAGCACCGACACCUGAAGCUACAGCAGAUGACUUAGGUGAACUCAAACUUGGAGGGAAGAAGAAGAAGAAGCCAAAGGUCGAAGAAGAAGAGGAAAAGAAGGAAGAUGGAGUUAUGGAUUUAGGGAUUGGUAUUGGAGUGUCAAACCUUAUUGAUGCUCAACGACCGUGGCCAGAUUACUCCUAUGAUGAAUGCUUAACGCUUGUGUUCAAUAUCAUGCGUGAAAAGAACCCGGAACUCUCCGGAGAAAAGAAGAAGUUUGCCAUGAAGCCACCAGAGGUUGCUCGUGCAGGAAGUAAGAAGACCGCCUUCUCUAAUUUCGCCGAAAUUUGCCGAUUAAUGAAGCGACAGGAUAAACACGUGCUUCAGUUCCUCCUUGCCGAACUUGGUACCACUGGAUCGAUAGAUGGUAACAAUUGCCUUAUUGUGAAAGGACGGUUUCAACAGAAACACUUUGAAAGCGUGUUGAGGAAAUACAUUAGUGAGUCUUUUUACAUUGCAAGAUCUUUGUGCAAUAAUAAUGUAAAUAUGGCAUCCAAGGGAAACGAGUCAUCUUGCUUCCACGCUUGUCAGGCUCUUGAAGCUGAUGGUGCCCGGGUUCCCGCCGCAGGUUGUUGGGAGGGGGAGAGAGGUAGUAUCGACGCAUCAUUUAAAUUCAACACUUGA